CGCUGUGUGGUCUCUGCGCUUCGAAGGGCUUUUCUCUGAUUAUUACGUGCUGCGUGCUGCUUUCACAUCCUCACAUCUUGAGUGCGUCGUUGCGGGAGGACCAUCAGGAAAAGCGUACAACAUCAGUCAUGGCCGCCAUCAGCAGCUCAAACACAACUUUUGCCUUAGAGCUGCUCCGCACUCUGAGCCAAGCGAACCCCAACGGGAACAUCUUUGUCUCCCCGCUGAGCAUCAGCUCGGCCCUGGCUAUGGUCUACCUGGGGGCUAAAGGAGACACUGCUGCUCAGAUGGCGAAGGCCCUCUCAUUCAGCUCUGGAGAAGGCGUCCACGCAGACUUCCAGACACUGAACGCUGACAUCAACUCACCGUCUGCGUCAUACAUCCUGAAACUAGCCAACCGUCUUUACGGAGAAAACACUGCCAACUUCCUCCCGCAAUUCGUCGAAGCCACACAGAAGCACUACCAGGCGGACCUGAAGGCUGUGGAUUUUAUGGGGGCUCCAGAGGCCUGCAGAGCAGAGAUCAACAGCUGGGUCGAGCAGCAGACAGAGAAUAAGAUUAAAGAUCUUCUGAAGCCUGGAACAGUCUCUGCUAUGACACGAUUGGCUCUGGUUAAUGCUAUCUACUUCAAGGGAAACUGGAUGAACCGCUUUGAUCAGGCAAACACCAAAGAGAUGCCCUUUAAAGUCAACCAGAAUGAGGCCAAGCCGGUCCAGAUGAUGUACCAGAUGAAGAAGCUGCCUUACAACUACGUUCCUGAGCUCGGCCUGCAGAUCCUGGAGCUGCCGUACGUGGAUGAGGAGCUCAGCAUGUUCAUCCUGCUGCCCGAGGAGACCGCAGACAGCUCUGACCCUCUGCUGAAGUUGGAGAACGAUCUAACGCGGGAGAAUCUGGACGAAUGGACCAACAGGGAAAACAUGGACGUCCACUCAGAAGUCCUCGUUCACCUUCCCAAGUUCAAGCUGGAGGAAGACUACGAGCUGAACGAGCCUCUGGCCAAACUCGGCAUGAGGGACGUGUUCUGUGGGGCGAAGGCCGAUUUGUCUGGCAUGAGCGGGGAAAGAGGACUCUUCCUGUCCACAGUGGCCCACAAGGCCUUUGUGGAGGUAAACGAGGAGGGGACGGAGGCGGCUGCAGCCACAGCGGGCAUGGUAGCAUUCUGUAUGAUGAGGGAGGAGCACUUCACAGCGGACCACCCCUUCCUCUUCUUCAUCAGGCACAAUAAGACCAAGUCCAUCCUCUUCCUCGGCAGGUUCUCGUCUCCUCAGUAGACAGAACCAGCAGAUGAAGAUAUUGUGUCAAUUGAAAUAAAAAGGAUAUUUAAAAUACUAGCAAAAUCUUUGAAAUGAAUGCUUUAUUUUCUGGGAUAUUUAAUUGAAUUUAACUGGUUUUAUUUCUUCUCUGCCUUUGAAUUGAAAUCAUAGAUAUA